AUGUGUUGUAUUUUAUAGGGUUAUUUUACAUACAGGGUCAGACUUUUUAUGAUAACAUUUGUUUCAGGGUGUGUGUUGUGUGUGUGUGUGUGUGAGUGAGUGAGCAGGGGGAUUUCCCAUAUAUUCAAUCCCCUGACCUCCAAUCCCCCACCCACCCACCGUGGUACCCAGCACAGGGGUGAUGUGUAGGAAUGGUGUGUGUGAACAGAUGGAGCCUCGUGCUCCUGCUGUUGGGUGUAGGGUUAAUACCGACUGGAAGGGGCGUGGUUUAGAUCAAUGAUGACCGCCUCACUGUAGUCAACUGUAAAAAAAAAAAAAAAAAAGACAACAAAAAUCAGAGUCCGAGCAGGUCCCAGAGCUAGUACCUCCGCUGCCCACGCUGGACAGCUCCAGCUUCCUGCAGGGAAAGACGCUGAACGUGCACGGCAGCUCGCUCCACUUCCUCCGGAGUGAAUGAGUUGGCGACGCGCUGAUCUGAAGGAGGUGCGACCUGAAAGGACUGUGUGGUCGUCCCUCUCUGCCUGCCUCGCCCCCACCACUGACCUGAUCCCGUGGAACAACCAGUUGAGAGGGUCGAUGGAUAAAAUGUGAGCGGAUGGGAAACACCAGCUGGAUUUGUCGGUAUAAGUAAACUCAUGCAGGAGGGGAGCAUACAGUCUGGCUGCUUCAUCAGGAUUGCGCCUGCCUUACGUAACUGAGCUUUGUGGAGGGAGACUGCUGGUGCCGAGCUGUUUGAUCACAGCGAGGACACACAGGUGAACAGAGAGGAGUACAGUCACAAGUUUGUCUCUCCAUCCACUCAGCAUGAUCGGCGAAGGCGCAGUCUCCCAUCACGAGUGAGUACGGCAAGAUGAACGAGGGUCGCAGGCAGGGAGGAGGGGCUAUCACUAUAGAGGCUGAUGUCAUCCUCCACGCCGUGAACCCUGACCUCGUCACACCUCCUGACGAAGAUGGGAAUUUGUGUCCAGAUUAUGUCCAAGGAUUCCUGCAGGAAGACCAGGAUUUCACUCCUCCUACGGUGUUUGAGAAGGAAUACCUACUGGAUGGAAAACGGAUGGAGAAUAACCUCAUCGACCGUCAGAAAGCAAUCGGCUCGUACAUCUUGAGAGCUGAUCAGUUUCUCCUCUCCAAUGAUAAGGGAACUCCGCACCAGAAUUGUGCAAGCAGUGAAACCCACAAUGGCGCCAGAGCUAAAAUGUCUUACAGUGCAGAUUCCUCCGUUUGCUUGCCCAGUCAAGCCAAACAGGAAACUGAUUGGUCAGUCCUAAAAUCGAACCUCGAGCACAGGGACAGCGGCCAGGAAGCUGAAUAUACUCAGACUCAAAAAGAGCCUGAUUUAGUCAUCGAAGUCGGCGGGCAGAAGAUCAACGCUCACAAGUCUGUCCUGGCAGAGAAGAGCGACUACUUCAAAGCGCGGCUGUCACGAGACAUCCUGAAAGUGAAGGGAUUGAGUUACAAGACUUUGUCUACAUUAAUAGACUAUGUUUACACUUCUCAGAUGAAUGUCUGCAAGGGCAAUGUUGUCGAUGUCAUCACAGGGGCUAAAAUCCUCCAGAUGCCCUGUGCCGUCCAGGCCGCCAUGGACUCCAUGUCCGAACAAAUCACUGCAGAGAACUGCUACGAGAUCCUGACCAUCGCCAAAAAGCAGCGACUCAAUGAACUGAAGGAAACUGCUUACGGAUUCAUGAGCGACAACUUCCUUCAGAUCCUCAAAGACCCCGCUGCGUACGGGCGCCUGAAUGGAUCUGAGCGGGAUCUGAUUCUGAAGAAGAGAAUGGAUGGGAGGCAGACUCUGAUGGUGGCAGAGAUCAAUGACGUGUUUGAUCGUGUUGGGAGCCGGCCGCCCAGUCGCUGUGGCAGCCGACCGCAGAGCCCGUUGUCGGUUGGUUCUUUGGAGGAGGAUCAUAUGAUUUACUUCUACAACGAAACAGCAAAUGACUGGAGACCUUUAACUGCGAUGCCCGAGGACAUAAACACUAAAGGGUGUGGGAUCUGCACCAUGUAUAACUACCUGUUUGUGGCAGGGGGGAUUAAGGGCUACGGGGACAAAGGCAAGGUCUCAGACAAGGUCUUCUGCUACAACCCUAUAACCAACCGCUGGGCCGAGGUCAAACCUCUGACCCAAGCUCGUGCCCAGCUUAAGCUUGUGUCAAUGGAUGGCUACUUGUACGCCAUUGGAGGGGAAUGUUUGUUUACAGUGGAAAAAUAUGACCCUCGCAUGGACCGCUGGACCUCGGUGGCCCCCUUGCCCAAGGGAGCCUUCGCAGUGGCCCACGAAGCCACGACCUGCAGUGGAGAACUUUACGUUUCGGGAGGUUCCCUCUUCUACCGCCUCCUUAAGUACGACACGAAGCGGGACGAGUGGCAGGAGUGCCCCUUCAACAACAGCAGGAAGAAGUCCACCGACAUGGUGGACUUCAAAAGCUUCAUUUACCGCUUCGAUGUCAACCGCGAGCACGGGAUCACCGUGUUUAAGUACAACAGCAUAGUGAAAAUGUGGCACGAUUGCGCAUCGCAGAGGCUUGGAAGUCAUUUACCCUUCAGGUGCGCCGUCAUCGGAAACUGCAUCUACUGUGUGAACAAGAGCCAGACUCUUCAGUUUGUAGUGGAGGAAGAGAACGCCUUCUUUGUCGAGGAGCCGCUGAGGGCGCCUCUGGAGGCAAAAGGCGUUCUUUUUCCUUUUGUUCUCACUUUGCCUGAAAAGCCUGAAAAAGUUACAUAGUGUGUGUGUGUGUGUGUGUGUGUGAGAGUGUGUGUGUGAUCCAGAAUAGCACAAUAAAUGUGUCCUAGCGAAACUGGAAUAAGCAGAAGACCUUAUAUACACUCUUCAAUGUCAGCUUUCUAUCUCAGUGUCUCAUUGCCUGCUUCCAAUGGAAUGUGUGUAUUUGCAUGGCAACUUAAUGUGUCUGCAGGCCUUAAAAGGAUUUUCUUUUUUAGAGGAGAAUGAAUGCAACAGUAUUUGUAUCCGACUGUAGAUAAUGACAUGGUGACUGUAGGUAAUUUUGUGUAUUUCCUGUGUUCAGUUUGGUUUGGUGCACUUUUGUAGUUAGCAUAGAUUUUAUUUAGAGCAUAUUUACUAGUUGACUGGUGACAAAAACAAGUGUUUUGUUGAAAGUUGUAUAACAAAAAGAAUGGAAGCAGUCGUAGUGCGCCUUAUGAACGAUGCAACACAGGUUCUAUGCAAAUGUGAGAAUAUACAGGUCUGCUGUAAGGCUAUUUUAAUAGUUAUAUUAUAAUGCAAAUCUGACUUGGAAGGAUUAAAGUAUUCUUUUAAAUAGGGCCUGUAAUAAUUUCCCACACCCCGACACAUUGUUUUAUACAACCAACAGUACAAAACCCAAAGAUGUUUGGUUAACUGUUGCUAUACAUUAUAAAAGGAAUGCCUCAAAUCCUCACAUUUGAGAAACUGGAAAAAGCAAAGGUUUGCCAUUUUUACUUAGUUGCAGAUUAUCUUCUGUUGAUGGAGUAAUCCACAAAUCGUUGCAGCUCUACCUGUUUGAAUUAAACCUUUGAAUCAAAGUCAAAUUAUAAUAAGUAAAAGGGUAUCAGAAAAACUAAACAGAAAGCUGUACCUCUCGUAAUUCAAGGGACCUUUUUCAGUCAAAGCAAAUUGCGCAUUUCAUCUCAGUAUCUAUAAACAAUCUUGUUGACGCUUCAGAUUUUAUUUUUAAUUAUUGCAAACUGAACUGAUUUAAGUACAUAAAUAUUUACUUUUGGAUUCAGAAUAUGCUAUUUUGCGUAUAGUGCAUACUCACGGGUCUCACAGGUCAUACAUUAAGCACAAUUGCCAAAGAUGAAUAACAAUUCCGUCAGGCUCAAAUGAAACGAUCAAAACUGUCAAAUAUUUUCACAUCUUCUGUGAAUGAAGUUCCUUAUGAAAACGUGUUCCACAGACUUUGCCACAGUCCAGUUCAAAAAACUAAAGCAAUAGUUGUUUUUGUAAGAGGAAAUUCGCACUUUCUGAGAAGUUGAGGGGAAAGCAAGCCAUUCAGAUGCAUCUCUAAUCUUUCUUUCCCUGUAUGUGUUCGACAGCUACAGACUCACGUUUAAGGUUCAAGUGUUUGCAGGUUUUCUUCCGUGACAAAGGCCGGCCCACCCUUAAGGUCACGUCAAGAUACUACAGUGAACACUGCCCUCCACAAACAAGAUAUCCUGCUGCCAUGACACUAACAACCCACGCUCUUCUUGCAUCAGUGCACAUUAACACCAAUGUUGCAUUAAAUUUCCUUCUUUUAGACAUUUCACAGUAUUUGUUUUGAUGCUGCAGCAAAACAGUGGGAGUUUUGUAUGGAAGCUAAUGUUGAUAUAUUCUUGGAACAAAUUGCUUUUGAUAAUGUUUGUAGGAAUGUCUCCAGGCAGUCAAUGUGACUAGGACAAAAUGGAUGUGGUUUUUCAUAUUUCGCUGGCUGGCAUCUGUAUUUUUUUUUGUGAAUUUUUGUAUGGAUUUGGUUUUUUUUGGAUUUGCUGCUGUGAUGGACAGUAAAGUAAUGCAAUGUUAGGCUUCCUGUUCAAAGCAUAUGGAGUGGGCUAACAAAUAAGUGGUUGGAUAAUGUAUUUCAGUCAGAACUAAGUGCUUAAAAAUAAAUAAAAAUAUUCUGUGUCUGAAAA